UAUAUGCAUAAUGGAACCAACCAACAAUUUUUGGGAAAUUGAGAUAUCACCGCCAUCUUGAAGAGCUUGAAAGAAUUUAUACCCUGAUUUUUUUACUUUAACUGGCUUUGAAACUACAAAUGCAAAAAAAAAUCAUGAAAAAAACAUCAAAUGCUGUAUGUCGGAUUCAAUAUUAUGAAUAAGGGAACCAAGUGGCUUGGUUCUUUGUUUCAAAAUUCAGAGACUGGUUUUGUAAUAUGCAUAACAGAACCAACCAACUUGAUUCUCUUUGUUGUGUAGUCUUCAUCUUGAUCAGCUGUUUUGCAUACAGGAACCAAGUUUGAAGUUAGAUAAACCUGCUUGCAAUACAAUAAUAAUAGAGUAACAUAAAUGAUUGUUUUAUGUCUGUAUUGUGUCUAAGUGUUACAAAAUGGAUAUAAAGAGAAGAACUUUGUUAAUUAUGGAAAUGGCAAAAGUUCAAACCCCUGAUUCUUCUGAACCAGAUCAUGAGCCUACGUUAUUGGAAACUGAUCAGGAGUCGACAAAUAUACAACAAGAGCAUAGCUAUGUCUGCAAUGAUAGUCCUAUAUCACAUAAACCUACACAGAAUGAAGGAGAAAACGGUGUAGAUCUCAAUGAAAUGUUGGAAAAUAACAUGCCUGAUUUGGAUACAAGCUACCUGGAUAUUUCAAAAAUGGAAAUUGUGUACGACUUUCCAAAUAUUUCAUUUGAUACCAGCAAAUCACAAGAACCUAGUCUAACAGAUUCAAUAUUAGAUGAUGGUGAUAGUGUUCAAUUAUCUGGUGCUAUUGAAAUUACAGAUAAUAUUGGAAGAAUGAUGGUAGAAAAUGGAACUAACCAUGCACCAGAUGAUCUUAACUCUUUUCAUAUUGUUCCUCAUCUGGAAAUGGAAGAGCAUGAGAGUAUGCAAGAUGAUGACCCCACUAAUUACUGGAAAUCAAAAUAA